AUGGAUAAUCUAUGGACUCGUCGUACCGUCAGCAACAGCAAACUUUCUCUCUCAACGCAAAAUAGCUCCUCCAACGGCACAGGGGACCCCAACACUCGAAACACGCCGUUUUCGAAGCGAGUCGGUCAGGAUGCCCCGUCCUUUGGGAAACCAACAACCACCGCCACUACCCCCGGUGCCGGAGGCAUAACUCCCUCUCCGGGUGCUGCGGCCUUUGGCCUCGGAUCGGGCGCUUUCGCCGCCUUCUCCAUGGGGUCUGGAAAGACGCCCAAGUCCCCGGGCAACCCCUUCGAUUUCGCCAUGGGCCAGAUUGGGGCAAAGCCGGUGAGCGCCGACAAGUCUUCUGGAAAGGAGACUGUGGGCAAGCCCGGUGCCAAGGGCCCCUCCAUGGGCGCUAUAUCGGAGACGAACGCGGCGGUUGCCGCGGCUCCUGUACCACACCCGCUCUUGAACAAGUGGGUGUUUUGGUGGCGCCCUCCCAUCUCCAAGUCUCAAGGCUUCAUCGAGUACGAAAAGACUCUGCGACCCAUGUGCCACUGCUCGACUGUCGAGGACUUCUUCGAGGUUUACUCGCAUCUCAAGUAUCCCUCGAAGCUUCCCACCAUGUCCGAAUACCACUUUUUCAAAUCUGGCAUCCGUCCGAUAUGGGAGGACGAUGUGAACAAGAAGGGAGGCAAGUGGGUUGUGCGCCUUAAGAAGGGUGUUGUUGACCGAUACUGGGAGGACUUGAUCCUAGCCCUCAUUGGCGAACAAUUUGGCGACGCUGGCGAAGAGGUUUGCGGCGCCGUUGCGAGCGUCCGGAAUGGUGAGGACAUCAUCAGCAUCUGGACCCGCAACGAUGGUGGCCGAGUCAUCAAGAUCCGGGUAGAGUUUAAGAGCCACGACUCCGCCAUCCAGCAGCGAACCGCUAUCGAAGAGUCGCGCCAGAACAAAGGCACUCACCACCAUCACAACGAUAAGCGCCACCAGAAUCACCAGAACAAGAACCCCGCCGGUGCCGAUGACAACCAACGCUCCGCCCAGCAAGCUUCCUAG